AUGGAACUUGAGGACUUGAUGAUCACGGCGGCCGCCCUGUUAGGGUUCAUCUCGAUCUUCAAAAACCUGCUCGUCUUCGUACGAUGGCUUCAUGCCACAUUCCUUAAGAAGCCGAAGAACUUGCGCGAGUACGGCUUGUGGGCUGUCGUCACCGGCCCCACCGACGGCAUCGGGAAAGCCCUAGCCUUCGAGCUUGCGUCCAAGGGCCUCAACCUCGUGCUCGUGGGUCGAAAUCCUAAUAAGCUCGAAGCCACCUUGAGCGAGUUGAUGCAGAGAUACGAAAAAGAGAUCCAGGUCAAGACCGUAGUCGCUGACUUAGCAAAGCUGAGUGGAUUGGAAAUAGAGGCCGCGGUUGCGGAGGCGACCGAGGGGCUCAAUGUUGGGGUGGUGGUGAAUAAUGCCGGAGCGGCUUACGGUCAUCCAUAUGCGAAGUACUUUCACGAAGUGGAUGAUGAAUCGAUGGAGUGCAUAUUGAGAGUGAAUGUGCACGCAGCGGUGUGGGUAACGAAGGGAGUAAUCGAUGGAAUGUUGAAGAAGAAGAGAGGAGCGAUUGUGAAUAUUGGCUCUGGUUCCACCGUUUACGUCUCUUCGUUUCCUCUUCAAACCUUGUGUUCCUCAACCAAAGCUUUUAUGGCAAUGUUCUCAAAAAGCGUCGUUCUUGAGUACAAGGACCAAGGGAUCGAUAUUCAGUGCCAGGUUCCCCUUUUCACAGCUACAAAGAUGACAAUGUUGAAGAAGCGUCCCAUCUUUGUGCCAUCGGCAGAGAUGUUCAACAGAGCAAGCAUGCGAUGGAUCGGUUAUGACCGACAGUGCAACCCCUAUUGGUCGCACGCAGUGGAAGGGUUUGUUUUCCAUGCAUUCGACACGAUCACUGUAUGGUAUCUCGAACACUACAUGAAAUGGAUGAGAAAGGAGGGGCUUGAGCAAGAUCGCCAUCUUUAG